GCCGGGGUAACGGAGGGGGCGGUGUAAACACGGGGCGCCGGUUGCUGCAGGCGGCGGCGAGAUGUCCAGUGGUAAAAAGAAACUUAGCAAAGCUGAACGGAUCAGAAUACAGAAAGAAGAAGAAGAGAGAAGAUUGAAAGAAGAAGAGGAAGCCCGUUUGCGAGGUGAACAAGAAGAAGCAGAAAGAUUCGAAAAGGAGAGACUUGAACAAGAGAAGAGGGAAAAACUUGAAGCAAAAGAUCAAGAACGGAGAGGGUCUGAACUUACAGAACUCCAUGCACUAGAAGAGAGCUUUUUGUCUGCAGUGCAAUGGAAAGAGGAAUAUAGAGCAUAUGCAAAGUGGGAACACUACAUUGGUUGUGAUGGGAGUCCUGAUCCAGCUGUGCCUCAAGAAAUAAAUACUUUUAUGAGCUUGUGGCGAGAAGAUCAAAAUGAGGAUAUUGAGUUUGUGAUUGAGAAGGGAAACAAAGUACUAAAUUUAAUCGACAAGUUGGAUUUUCUGUUAUUGGACACUCCACUGAAUGAACUACCUGAAAAAAAUGUAAUUCAAUAUCAGGAAUCGAUUUUGGAUUUGCAGAGUCUUCUUCAUCAGAAAUACGAUGAAGCAACAGGAAACCUGCUUAAAAAGGCUAACACUUAUGCAGAUUCUGACAGUGGAAAUAUGGCGAUGGUCAUUAAAGAUAAAAAUGUUACUUUCUGUAUUUGGGCAAAUCUGAAGAAGAAUCCAAGGUUCAAAAAUCAUACAUUUUGUGAAGCUGACUAUGGGUUUGACCUUCCAAAGUCCCUGGCAGUGAGUGAUGUUGCUGUGCGCAUCUUGCACACUCAUUAUGAUCAUGUUUCUCCACUACGUCGUAUUCUUCCACUGCACCUGAUGCAGGAACUCUCAAAAAUCAGAUCAGAUUUGGUUUUGGAAGUGACAGAAGAGGAAAAGGAGAAAGAGGAAGGGGAGCAAAAGAGUGAAAAAGAAAGUGACCUGGCAAAUGAAGAGGAAAACUAUACACCUGGAAGAAAGAGUGGUAUCUCAUUCAAAGAAGACAGUAAAAGUGAUGCUGAUGAAAAUGAGAUGAUGGGAGAGGAGCCUGAUAAGAAAUCCGAAAGUUUUAACACUGUUUCACAAGUUCAGGUUUCAACACUGCAGGAGGAGACCAACGAAAAGGAAGAAGAGAUAAUUGAUGAAAAUAUUGUUGAUUUGCGACAGUUCGCACCACUGGGUGGAGUAUACCAUAUUGAUGCACUGAAGCUCCCACCUCAAGCUAAACAAGUCAAAGGCUGGAUCAUGGUGGAAUUACUUGACAUGGGAUUGGAAACAUAUCCGUAUCCCCCAGAAUCAGAAGAAAGCGAGGAGGCCACAUAUCCACAGAUUGGAAUGACUGUUCAGCUUCUUGACACUGUGAUAUAUUUUGAGGAGCCUACUGUUGCUAGAUGGGAUACUGCAGGCAAACAGUGGAGAACUGAUGGCAUCAGCAACAUAAAUUACAAGAUGGAAGAGAAACAAGUCUCCUUUGAGAUGGAUAGUUUUUAUACGGUUGCCCUGCUUCAGGACCUUCACCUCAAUAUGCCCUACCAAUCCUGGGAUCUGCGACCUACUGACAUAGAUGAGUUGUUUCUUACUGUCAUUACUGCCUUUGCAGAGGUUCAAAUACAAAUUAAGGGUAAUCAAUGUAUGUUAUCCUCAAUAAUUGUGGAAAAGGGUGAGGUGCUUUCCUACUUGACAGGAAGGUGGACAACUCCAGUUGGUCUAACAAUUGCGUUGAAAAAGGCUGGUGUGAACAUCUUCCCAGCAGAGUACUCUCGCAAGUACGUCUAUGUAAACAAAAAGACUCCAUUAGCAGAAAUCAGAGCUUAUCAACAGAUGGCACUGACCGCAUCUGCUUUUGCUUUCAGUUGGAGCAAAUGGAAUUUGGAGUCUGGUGAAGAUCAAGUAGUUUUCAAGGUUAGUGAACAUCUUAACCCAGAUCCUAUAAAAGAUGAGGAUUGGUCCCUUUAUAUGUUCAACGGUCAACGAGCACAAAGACUCAAGAUCAGUGAAACUAGUGAAGCCUUCUCAGAGGAGCUGGCAGAAGAAACUGAAUUUCAUUCCACACUCUAUCACAUGAUUAAAGAUUUUGCCAGUGAACCAGCAAUUGAGAGAGUAAAAAAAGCAAGCUGCCUAUUUACUGAUGCUGUAUACCAGCUACUCCUUGGAACUAGAGUUUUAACAUACUCUUAAAACCAAAAUUUAAAAAAAAAGAUUUAUUGAACAUUA